GCCGUUUGGAUCAAGUCAGAUAUACCGUCGGUCCCUCAGAGCAGGAUGGAGGGUUCCGGUGGUUCGGCAUUGGAGAAAGGCAGGCGCGUGUACUCAAUCCGAGUUUCAUCCACACACGUCAGUGACGACGGACGGCAUGAGCCGCGGCAUCGGCGUCGGCGUCGGCGUCGGCGUCUACUUUUGCGCGCCGAAUCGCUCCCCCCACUGCGCUGUCAAGUCACCCGGCCCACAGUAGUGACGCCGACCACGUACAUACACACGGCGACACACAACUGCCUCCCGAGGACGUCGGGUCGCGAUGGCGGCGGCGGCGGCGGCGGCGGUAUUGUCGUUGAGGUCGGGCCUAGACUUGGGCAUGCAUAAUGACUUGCACGUGGUGUGGAGGUGCAGCAAAGACUGCCUGGUGAGGAUGAGACCGGACAGUACGGCCUGCGUGUGCCUUUGAACGCCUGCGGUGCUGCAUCAUCAUCAUCACCAUCACGCGAGUGUCAACAGAAACGCCCUGAACAAUGGCCAAGCCAAGGGAGCCGUUCUGGUUGGGGUAAGUGACACGCUGCUACCGCUGAAUGCUGCCACCGACCAGCCAACUUACACGGUCAAGGGGCGCCGCGGCAUGCAUGGCUGUGUGCUUCAGUGCGUCUCUCCAUCUCAUAAAUACCCCGUCGUUGCUGCACAUCUCCAUGCUGAUGGACGGCCGCAGCACAUCCGCUGGACCAAACCAAAUACCGCAUGCAGGUACUCAAGUCGACCGACACUAUGCUGCGCACCAUGUCCCGCCUGGCCGCGCGCGACGGCAUCCCCUCUCUUUGGGCUGGCCUCUCUGCGUCUAUCCUACGCCAGGGCACCUAUUCCACCGCUCGCUUCGGCAUCCACGCCUCCCUCUCCGCGUCGCUCCUCCAGUGCUCCGGCCGCGAGACCCUCCCGCUGUCAUGGAACGUCGCCUGCGCGGGGCUCGCCGGUGGCCUCGCAGGUCUCAUAGGCAAUCCGACCGAGGUCGUCCUCGUCCGCAUGUGCGCCGACGGCGCCAAGUCUCCGCAGGACCGCUUCCGCUACGGCAACGCCCUCGUCGGCAUGGUGAGAGUCUGGACCGACGAGGGCGCCCGCGCCUUUACCAAGGGCCUCGCGCCAAACGUGGCCCGGAGUAUCCUCAUGAGCGUCUCUCAGAUUGCAACGUAUGUAUCCGCUAAGCAGCAUCUUGUUCGGUCCGCGGGGCGCAACGACGACAUCGCGACGCACGUUCUGUCGUCGCUCGCUGCUGGCACCGUCGCCACCACGCUUUGCGCCCCGGCCGACGUGCUGAAGAGCCGCAUGCAGAACAGCGCAGGCAAGGAUAGUCUCCUUCGAGUGAUCCGGUCGGGGUUGCGGGAAGAGGGCCCGCGAUUCCUCAUGAAGGGAUGGACACCCGCCUGGCUGCGGUUGACGCCGCACACGGUACUCACCUUUGUCUUCAUGGAACAGUUGCGGAAGAUCACGCAGUUGCAACUCUUUCCUCGGGACGCGGCGACCUGUAAACUGUAGCGGCAGAUGCGGGCAUUGCAGCUGUGUAUGUCUCCUCAUAGAUCAGGUAAACUCGAUUUCAAAAUUCGGGCCAGUACAGCCAGU